AAUCUGGAGAGCGAGGAAGCGCGCAUGCGCACCGGCAUCCCGGCUGCCUCGCCGCUCCAACGUGGUUGGUGCGGAACUGCGCUUAGGGUCUGUCAGGGGACGGACCUUCUGGAGAGCGUCAGUCAUCGGCACAGACCCCCGGGUGCACGGUCACUUUAGCACCGUUCAUUUACGCACACCAGCUCCAGCUCGUUUCUGCUUAAGGAAAUCUACAGUUCAGCCAUGGCGAAACAUAGAGGGAAAGAUGAGGAGGAGAAACAGCACCAGACCAGCUGGAAGGAUUUUAUUUACGACCGGAGAAGCGGAGAGUUUAUGGGACGGACAGCCAGUGGUUGGGCUCUCAUCAUCCUCUUCUACCUGGUGUUCUACGGCUUCCUGGCUGGCAUGUUCACGCUCACCAUGUGGGUCAUGCUUCAGACGCUGGAUGACUACACUCCACGGUACCAGGACCGAGUGGCCAAUCCAGGCCUUGUGAUCAGACCGAAGACCAUGGAUAUUCUGUUCAACAGAUCAGAGCCCUUGAACUACGGUCCGUAUGUGGAGCAGCUGGAGUCGUUCCUACACCAGUAUGAUGACAUGGAACAGAAGAACGAGCAGUGUGUGGCUGGCCAGUUCUUUGAGCAGGACACCCACCCACAGAAGAAGGCCUGUCAGUUCAGCCGGAGCGUCCUGGGACCAUGUUCCGGCCUGCUGGACCCCAACUUCGGCUACCCCCAAGGCGAGCCCUGCGUGCUGGUCAAGAUGAACAGGGUCAUUGGGCUGAAGCCGCGAGGAGAUCCUCACAUCAACUGCACGGCCAAGAACGAGGGCUCUCUUCAGAUGCAGUACUACCCUAUCGAGGGAAAGUUUGACAGGAUGUACUUCCCAUACUAUGGGAAGAAGGCCCAAGAGACGUACGUCCAGCCCCUGGUCGCGGUGAAGUUGCUGUUGACUAAGGAGAACUACAAUACGGAGCUGACUGUUGAGUGUAAGAUCGAAGGCACCAACCUACGUAACGACGAUGACCGUGACAAGUUCCAGGGCCGCGUGACGUUUAAAUUGACAGUGACUGAAUGAGAGCUGUCGUUUCCUGAGUGCUGCCAUGAAGGUGGCGCAGUGGCUAUCAGCCAAAUCUUGCCUUUUCUGUCAGCCUGGACUGGGGACCCAGUCUGCGCUGAGGGGUUGGGAUGGGCUUGUUGUUGGCAGGGGGGUGUUUCAUUUCAGCAGUGUGUUUCCACUUCUUGUGACUCGCUCAGCCCCAACUGAAAUAUAAGAACAAGAGAAGAAUAUACACGCCUCAUUACCUCCUACUGCCUGUAACUCCUCUCUGUACCUCUCAGUGCCCUGUAACCCCUCUCUGUACGUUCCAAUGCCCUGUAACCCUUCUCGUUACCUCUCAGUGCCAUGUUGCCCCUCUCGGUACCUCUCUGUGCCCUGUAGCCCCUCUCGGUACCUCUCUGUGCCCUGUAGCCACUCUCGGUACCUCUCUGUGCCCUAUAGCCCCUCUGUGUACCUCUCUGUGCCCUAUAGCCCCUCUGUGUACCUCAUAUUGUCCUGUAACCCUUCUGUCAAUCCCAAAAGUAAUAUAAAACAAGGCCAUUAAGCUGUGGUCGGGUGCCAUACUAGAAAUCUGUAAAUAGGUGAACUUGUUUUCCCCAGUUCUCUUUGCUGUUUGGGUUUUUUGCUUUUCUCUAUGUACAUAUUUAAUGAGUUCUGUAGCACACUGUUUUAGUUGAGUAAUUAUUUGAAAGAAAAUAUCAAUGAAUAAAUGUUUUUAGUCAGGUCAGAGUUUUAAUGAAAAUGAAUUAUAAGGUGAGUGAUUUUUGUAAGCUGUGCAGGACCUGUGCUUCAUGCAGAUGAAAUGUAGACAGCUAAAAAUAAAUGUGAUUUUGAACACUGUA